AUGGCCGCCGGAAUGUUCGCAGCCGCGACUAGCCUCACCACCCAGAUCUUCUCCAAGCCCACCUCGCUGUCGGCCUACACGCUUCACUCGGCGAACGGACCCUCCACAUCCUCUUCGCCCGCUUUCGGCGCGUCAUCCUCUUCGACCGCCAGCAAAGCCUCGCAGGGCUUCGCAGUAGGGCUGUGGCGCGUAGUGGGUGCAACUCACAAGACGACGGGCAAGGACGUGUCGGUAUGGAUGUUCGAAAAGCGGGUGCUGGACGGCGUAAAGGGAGGGUCUGGGCGGAAUGCCGCGGAGGCCAAAGAAUGGGUCGUAGAACGCAUGAAGAAGGAGGCGACCAGCUUAUCCCGCCUACGCCAUCCCGAUCUCUUGCACAUGGUCGAACCCCUCGAAGAAUCACGUACCGACCUCACCUUUGUCACUGAGCUCGUCACCUCUUCCCUCCAGACACUUUUGAACGAGGCGUCUGGCGCAAAUAACUCCCGGAGCAGGCACAGACCACCGGAGGAGAACGGGAACGGGACGCGGCGAAACGAGGUGGAUCUGGACGAGGUGGAGGUGCAGAAGGGCGUGCUGCAGGUGUCGCGGGCGCUGGCAUUCUUGCAUGGUCCGGGAAAGAGCGUUCAUCUGAACUUGAGUCCGGAGGCGGUGCUCAUCAAUGCCAAAGGUGACUGGAAGCUGUCCGGAUUGAGUCUCUUGACGCCACUACAGCAGCCUGAUGGCUCGGCGACGCGGUACACUUUCCCGGAGGUCGACCCGAGGGUACCACCAGAGGUGCAAUGGAAGUAUGACUAUCUCGCACCCGAGUACGCCCUCGACUCGCAGCUGAGCACGGCAAACGAUCUCUACUCUCUUGGAUGUGUCCUCUAUGCGGUACAUAUGGGCGGGAGACCGCCGUUCCCGAACGGGGCCAGCUUGCAGAGUCUGCGGGACCACGCGGAGGGGUCUUUAAUACGCAAGGACUGGAUGCGGGGGAGCAAGUGGGAAAGGUGUAGCGGGGAAGUCAAAGAUCUUUUACCCCGCUUAUUGACUCGACAUGCCUCGUCUCGUCUCUCCCUCGCCUCGCUACCUUCACAUCCCUUCUUCUCCUCGCUCGCGAUAUCCACCCUCAACUUCCUCGAUCCGACCACCUUCGCUUCUAAACCACGAGAAGAAAAGGCAACGUUUCUCCGCGGUCUGGUCAGGGUCUUACCUACCUUUAGCGAUCGGCUCAGACGAGGCAAGGUGCUGCCGAGUCUACUGGAGGAGAUGAAAGAUAGCUACCUCCUGCCGUUCCUACUGCCGAACGUCUUUGAGAUCUCUAGGUCUCUCACGAAGGAGGAGUUUACGCUUGUACUACCGAAGCUGCAACCGCUGUUUGCGCUCAAGGACCCACCUCAGAACAUGCUCACCUUGCUCGAGAACCUGACUCUAUUUGAGGAAAAGACCCUACCCCCAAUUUUCCGCGAAAACGUCAUGCCGCUCGUAUACAAUUCGCUCGAAUGCGAGCAUCUGCCAGUACAAGAGAAGGUGCUUCAACUGGUUCCGCAUCUUUGCGAGAUACUUGACUACGGCACGGUGCACAAUGUCUUGCUCGUCAAAGUCGCCAUCCUCUUCACUCGCACCCGCAUCCUAUCAAUCAAAGUACUCACCCUCCAGACCUUCCAAAAGAUGGUCUCGACCCUCGACAAAGCCACCCUGACAACCAAGCUCGUCCCCCUCCUAGCCAAAAUAAAGACACGCGAACCGGCAGUCAUGAUGGCCACCCUUGGCGUACACGAGGCAAUGGGCGCCAAAGUCGACCGAGAGGCAAUAGCCACGCUCGUCCUCCCUCAACUAUGGGCCAUGUCGAUGGGUCCCCUCCUCAACCAGCAGCAAUUUGGGCACUUUAUGAAGGUGAUCAAGGACCUCGGGGGCCGGGUCGAGAGGGAGCAUGGGGAGCAUCUGAGGGAUGUGAGGAGGCUGGAAAGUACCAGUCAGGCUGGGGCGGCGGAUAUGAACGGGCUAGGGGAGGGGUGGGAGGGGUCAGCGAACGGCGCAGGGGGGAGUGGUGGGGAGAUGGACUUUGAGACGCUAGUCAAAGGAGGAUCUGGGGCGAUGGCCAAGCCAAUGUCUACUGGAAAUGGGGAUAUGUGGGAUGAGUGGGGAAGUGGGGGAGAAGACAACUUGUCACAAGCGUUCAACUCUACCAUGACGGCUUCCUCCUCCGCCUCUUCAUUCCCUACACUAUCCACCCCCGUCUCCCCUCAACCUCCCGCCCAGCUACUUCGUCCAGCUGCGCCUCAGGCGCCGACCGCAAACCGUCUCAAAGCUCGGCCAGUACCGUCCUCCAAUUUCAACUCGGCCGCAUUCGCGUCUUCAUCGCAGCCAAUGACACCAGACGCACCUCGAAACCAAUCUUCCUCGUCCUCGUUUGCGCCACUACAGCCUAGCUCUUCUCGCGGCGCGCCUUCCGCUGGGCCAAACUAUAGCGUCUCGCUAUCGCCUCAACCACCAGCUAUGAGCUCUUACGCUCCCACGGCUGCCCCGGCCCCACAGCCUUCCUUCGCUCAGCCCAUGCGACCACAACAGGCAUCCUCUAAUAGCGUCAUGCAGCCGCAAUCUGCCGCCGCGCCAAGACCACCUCCAGGCUGGACACCGGGUCUGAUGCAGCCGACAAAAGCUCCUACUGCAGCAUGGAACGGCAAGGCGGCACUACAAGGGAGCUGGGACGAUUUUGAUCCCCUCAAGUAA